AUGCCUAAAGAAAUCAACAUUCUUCUGUUGGGCGAAACUGGCGCCGGCAAAUCAACCACUCUAAACGCUUUGGCCAAUUACCUCAAUUUCAGCACUUUUGAAGAGGCGAAUCGUUCGGUGGCCAACUUCACCGAAGUGGUUCCUUCGCAGUUCACACUGCCCGACCCUCGAUCGCCGGGAGAAGAGUGGCUGAUCAAAUCAAAGUUUUCAGAUAGCAACGAACGACACGGCAGCGGAAACUCCGUCACCUUGGCUCCUACUGGCUACAACUUUAAUUUUAACGGCAAUGUGUUGCGCAUCAUCGACACGCCGGGCAUCGGCGAUACCGGCGGAUCAGGCGAAGACAGGAAGAACUUUGACCAGAUCCUCCUCUAUCUGCAACAGCACAAAAACCUUCACGGGCUGAUCAUCAUCGUGAAGGGCAACGACAACCGCAAGACGCUCUUCUUCAAGUACUGCAUCACCGAGCUGCUGACGCACCUGCAUCGCAGUGUCAUUCAGAACAUUGUUUUCUGCUUCACCAACAGCCAAGUCGCGCCGGGAAGCAUCGGCCCUGGCGAGGGCUACAAGGUGAUGAAGUCCUUUCUCGAGGAGGACAUCAGCUCGGUGGGCAUCAAACUGGAACCGGGCCGAAAUGCCUUCUUCAUUGAAAACGACGCCUACCGCUUUUUGGUGGCGAAGAACCAGGGCUACCCGUGGAGUGAGAUUCAGGAGUUUCUGUACAAACACAGCUGGAACCACUCGGUGGCAGAGAUUGAGCGAAUGUUCAGCCACAUCAGCUCAUUGACGCCGCACCGACUGGAUGCCACUAUCUCGUUGAACAACGCUCGGAAGAUUGUCAUUGAACUGUCAGAGCCAAUUGUUCUUCUCUCGCAAAAGAUUGAGAAGAAUUUAGAUGAAAUCAAAAAGGCGCAGCAGCUGCUGGAAUAUGGGGCCAACACGCGAGAAAAUUUGGCCGCUUUUCUCGAGACGACUAUCACUGAUUUGGUGAAAAAGCCAGAUCAAGUGCCGCAAUUGGUCUGCAAAGCUGACUGCUGCAUUGAACGGAUUUACGUGAAAGGGGAAGGAGAGAAAAUUAACUACAAGACGGUUUGCCACAGACCGUGUNAAGAUUGA